UGCCUACAAAAAAGACGCCAUUACUAUUGCUCUGUCGCAAAGUUUAAAUGUUUAUGUUUUUCCACACGUGCGCUAGAAGUCUAUUGGUCAUUUGAGCUGCCUGUCAUUCUAUAAUCGGAUCCAACCAUUGGCUAGUUAGACUUCCUGGGAUUUUGGCGGUGGAGUAAACAUGGAGGAAGAUUUAAAAGGGUGCCAAGUUGUAUGUAAAGUGACAACGAGCCAUUUGCAGGCACUCUGUCGUCAUGAAGGGAUUGUGUGCUUGGAUCUGGGGGUCAACAGGAAACAAAUGCACAACUUCGAAGUGGAGUACCUAUGUGACUACAAGAGGACACUUGUUCCUGGUAGGAAGACAGCCAAUGCCACAGGAGUACCAAAGGAGCAAGAGUUCUACUUGGUUAAAUGGAAGGGUCAACCAGAUCACAUGAACACCUGGGAGCCGAGGAAAAACCUGCGGUGUGUGGAGCUUCUACGUCAGUUCUGGGACGAUGUCUUCCUGGAGCUGCAGAGACAGAAAAAGACUGUAGUCCCCAACCGGUUUGAAACAGAGCUGUCCUCUUACCUGGAGCAGAGGGCCAGGCAUAGGCAGAGCCUGCAGAGGUGGGAGGCCCAGAUCAACAGUGUUGGAGGCCUCACCAAACGCAUCCUGGUCCGCAACCGUGUGGACUUGGAGGGCCCUCCGAAUAACUUCACCUACAUCAACAACUACAAGGUGGGUGAGGGCAUUUCGAUGAUGACGAUGGCAGUGGGGUGUGAGUGCACCAACUGUUUGGAGAACCCUGUGGGUGGUUGCUGCCCAGGAGUGUCGGGACAUGGCUUUGCCUACAACGAGUGUGGGCAGGUGAAGGUUAAGCCUGGGGAGCCCAUCUAUGAGUGCAACAAUAUGUGUCGCUGUGGACCAAACUGCCCCAACAGAGUGGUACAGAGAGGUAUCCAACAUAUCCUCUGCAUCUUCAAAACAGACAACGGGCGGGGGUGGGGAGUACGGACCUCUGAGCGUAUCAGAAAGCAUUCCUUUGUCAUGGAGUAUGUUGGAGAGAUCAUCACUACAGAGGAGGCAGAGAGGCGGGGUCAGGUCUAUGACAGACAGGGAGCAACGUACCUGUUUGAUCUGGACUAUGUGGAGGAUGAGUACACUAUUGAUGCUGCUCACUAUGGAAAUGUAUCCCACUUCAUCAACCACAGUUGCAACCCUAACCUGCAGGUGUAUAACGUAUUCAUAGACAACCUGGAUGAGCGACUGCCACGUCUGGCUUUCUUCUCAAACCGUGCUAUCAGCGCUGGGGAAGAGCUCACCUUCGACUACAAUAUGCAGAUUGAUCCAAUAGAUGUGGAGAGUACAAAGAUGGACUCCAAUUUCAGCAUGACUAUUUCACCCAAAAAGGCUUCUCUCGUGACUGGAUCACCCAAAAAGGAUCCUCUCAUGAUUGGAUCACCCAAAAAGGAUCCUCUCAUGAUUGGAUCACCCAAAAAGGAUCCUCUCAUGAUUGGAUCACCCAAAAAGGAUCCUCUCACGAUUGGAUCACCCAAAAAGGAUCCUCUCACGAUUGGAUCACCCAAAAAGGAUCCUCUCACGAUUGGAUCACCCAAAAAGGAUCCUCUCAUGGCUGGAUCACCCAAAAAACGAGCGCGCAUGGAGUGCAAGUGUGGGACAGACAAUUGCAGGGGGUACUUGUUUUAGGGUUGCAGCAAGGACACAUUUAUACAUUUGACUUUUCCAGGAUUGUCAUCAUGACAAUUCAAAUUUAUUUCUGACAUUUUAAAUGUAUACUAUGAUGUCUGUGAAUAUUUUGCCCUAUUUGAUCAUAAACUAUUCAUUAGUGUUUGGGGCAUCAUUUAUUUGUUUCUUACAUGUUUAAAAAAAAAAAAAAAAAAAAAAAAAAAAAAAAAAGAUGUGGUUUUAGUAUAUAACACUCAAAUCUAAAUUGUUUGCUAUCCGAUCUCAUUGAAUGUACACUACCUUUCAAAAGUUUGGGGUCACUUAGAAAUGUUCUUGUUUUUGAAAGAAAAUCACUUUUGUCCACUAAUUGAUCAUUAGAAAACCCUUUCUCAAUUAUGUUAGCACAGCUGAAAGCGGUUGGUCUGAUUAAAGAAGCCAUACAACUGGCCUCCUUUAGACUAGUAGAGUAUCUGGAGCAUCAGCAUUUGUGGGUUUGAUUACAGGCUCAAAAUGGCCAGAAACAAAGGACUUUCUUCUGAAACUCGUCAGUUCAUUCUUGUGCUGAGAAAUUAAGGCUAUUCCAUGCGAGAAAUUGCCAAGAAACUGGAGCUCUCGUACAGCGCUGUGUACUACUCCCUUCACAGAACAGCGCAAACGGACUCUAACCAGAAUAGAAGUGGGAGGCCCCGGUGCACAACUGAGCAAGAAGAUAAGCACAUUAGUGUCUAGUUUGAGAAACAGAUGCCUCACAAGUCCUCAACUGGCAGCUUCACCAAAUAGUACCUGCAAAACACCAGUAUCAAUGUCAACAGUGAAGAGGCGACUCUGAGAUGCUGGCCUUCUAGGCAUAGUUGCAAACAAAAAGACAUCUCAGACUGGCCAAUAAGAAGAAAAGAUUAAGAUUAUGAAGGGAGUCGUACACAGUGUUAUACGAGAUCUUAAGUUUCUUGGCAAUUUCUAGCAUGGAAUAGCCUUCAUUUCUCAGAACAAGAAUAGACUAGUUUCAGAAGAAAGUCCUUUGUUUCUGGCCAUUUUGAGCCUGUAAUUGAACCCACAAAUGCUGAUGCUCCAGAUACUCUACUAGUCUAAAGAAGGCCAGUUUUAUUGCUUCUUUAAUCAGCCCAACUGUUUUCAGCUGUGCUAACAUAAUUGAGAAAGGGUUUUCUAAUGAUCAAUUAGUCUUUCAAAAUGAUAACUUGGAUUAGCAAACACAACGUGUCAUUGGAAUACAAGAUUAUGGUUGCUGAUAAUGGGCCUGUGUACACCUAUGUAGAUAUUCCAUAAAAAAUCAGCCAUUUCCAGUUAUAAUAGUCAAUUACAACAUUAAUCAUGUCUACACUGUAUUUCUGAUCCAUUUGAUGUUAUUUUAAUGGACGAAAUGUGCAUUUCUUUCAAAAACAAGGAUAUUUCUAAGUAACCCCAAACUUUUUUUUCAUUGAGGUUGCAAUAUGUUACAAAGGCCACAUUCCAAUUGUCGGGAACUCUUCCCAGUGUGCGUUCCAGUCAUGUAAUUUGACCAGACAUUCCAUAAAGGAUGUCAUUCAGUUGCCAAAGCUACACUGUAUA